AUGGCUUCCGGACAAUCAUGGCUGAACCAAGACUUUGGUGGAGACGACGAAGAAUCAGACAAUGACUUCAACCCUGGGGUCGAGGCAGGGUCAGAUGCCGGAGAUGAGGAUAAUGAAGAUUCAAAACCGCAGAACACUGCGAGAAGAGCGAAUGAUGAGGACGAGGACGAGGACGACGAACGCCCCGCACCUGCCGCGAACGGCAACAAGUCGACCUCUCCAGUGCGCAAAAGUAGACGACCGCCGCCCGAUGAGGACGAUGAUGAAGGUGACCAAGAAGAGCAGGCGGAUGAUGGUGAAAAUGAUGAAGGCGAAGGGGAAGACCUGAACGGAGAAGAUGAGGACGAGGAAGAUGAAGAAGAAGAGGAUGAGGAGGACGAAGACGCAAUCACCAGUCGACCCAGAAAGCGACGGAGACGAGGUCUGAAUCAGUUCUUCGAAGAAGAAGCCGAAGUCGACGAGGAUGACGAUGAACUUGAAGCUGAGGAGGACGAGCUCGGGCCAGACUUCAUCGAACAGAAUCAUCCCGACGACGAUCUCCCGCCUGAAGCAGACCACGACGACGCGAGGCAUAGGGAACUGGAUCGCCAGCGACAGAUGGAGGCCUCGAUGGACCUGGAGAAACAGGCGGCAGCCUACAAAGAGCGGUACGGUCGGCGAACAGCUGCGGCUCUCAGCCAGGGCUCUUUCGUGCCUCAGAACCUGCUCAUGCCCGACGUCAAUUCCCCGUCUAUCUGGGGGGUCAGAUGCAAAGCUGGAAAGGAGAGAGAAAUUGUCGGCAGGAUCAUGAAGAAAUACUUCGAGAGCAAGGGUCGGAAUCAGCUGAGGAUCACCUCAGCUUUUGAAAGAGGCGAUGGCCCCAUGGCUGGGUAUAUCUUUGUCGAAGCUCUCAAUAAGAGCGAUGUCGAAGACGCCCUUACCAAUAUCCCGGAUGUCUAUCCGCGAUCGAAGAUGAAUCUUGUCCCGAUCCCUGAGAUGCCCGACUUGUUGAGAACGAGAAAGGACAGGGAGCUGGAGGUCGGUGGCUACGUGCGCAUCAAGCGAGGCCUCUACAUGGGUGACCUGGCCAUGAUCGAGGACGUUGAGACUAAUGGGCUUGAAGUGACCCUUCGACUGGUGCCUAGACUUUCCUACGGCUUGGAUGAAGACCAAGGUCGACCGGCUCUCGCAGAUGCAAAGCGCAAACGACCAAAUGCAUUUGGGCCGAUCAACACCUUUCAAAAUCGACCUCCACAGAGGCUGUUUAACGAGCUUGAAGCCAAGAAGAGACACGAGAGAUUUGUGACUCAAAACAGAGGGCUGACAGGGAAGAGUUUCACAUACAAAGGCGACACCUACGAAAACGGUUUCUUGAUCAAGGAUUUCAAGUUGCAGCAUCUGAUCACCGAGAAUGUCAACCCGAAACUGGAGGAGAUUACCAAGCUUACCAAAACCGCUGCCGACGGCUCUGAGUUGCUUGAUCUCGAAACUUUGGCCCACAGUCUACGGAAUACGACUGUGGAGGGCAACUACAUGCCUGGCGACGAGGUAGAAGUUUACGAGGGAGAACAGAGGGGCAUUGUCGGCAAGACGGAAGCUGUUCAUGGCAACAUUGUCUCCAUCAUGGUCUCGGAGGGCGAGUUGACCGGCCAGCUCGUCGAAGUGCCUAUCAAGGGUCUGCGGAAACGCUUCAAGGAGGGCGACAAUGUGAAAAUCAUUGGAGGCAGCAAAUACCGCGAUGAAGUGGGAAUGGUGUUGCGGAUCAAGAAUGACAAGGUCACGGUCCUCACCAACAACAGCAACGAAGAGAUCACCGUCUUUAGCAAAGAUCUCAGAGAAGCCACCGACUCUGGCAGUGGUGGCGCAGGAAGCAGCAAAUUCGAUGUGCAAGAACUGGUGCAGCUUGAUCCUACCACGGUUGGCUGCGUGAUCAGAGCCGAUCGAGAUUCGGUUCGGAUCCUUGACCAAAACGGCUCCGUGAUGACCAAAAUACCUUCUCAGAUCCAGAAGAUUGAAGCGCGGAAAAAUGCUGUUGCCACGGAUAAGAAUGGGUCAGAAAUUCGCAUAGGCGACGUGGUGCGAGAGUCUGGAGGAGAGGGAAAAUCCGGGACGAUCCUCCAUAUUCACAGAGGAUAUGUCUUUUGCCACAACAAGCUUGGAAUCGAGAAUGCGGGCAUCUGGGUCAAUCGCUGCACCAACGUUAUCACCACGGCUGCAAAGGGUGGACGCAUCACCGCUCCCAGCACCGACUUGACGAAAAUGAAUCCCGCCCUCCAAAUGAAACGACCAGACAUGUCCAUGGCCCCUCCACAACGACCAGGACGAGAUCCUCUCCAAGGGAGACUCGUGCAUAUCAACAAGGGAACAUACAAAGGUCACCGUGCUAUUGUCAAAGACACCACAGCUGGCGAAGCGAGACUUGAACUUCAGACGAAGAACAAGGUCAUCAAUGUCAGCAAGAUGGACCUUUCAAUCAUUGACACCAACACGCAAAACCGGACAAGAUAUGAAGACUGGAUCAGGCAGCGUGGUGGCCCAUCAACAAUAAGAACCGGGCUCGGUGUCCCCAGCUCCCGAGUCCCCGAUGCAGGCUUUGGAGGACGAACUCCCAUGGGCGUCAUGGAUGGAGGGCGAACUCCAGCAUGGGGCACCUCGUCAAGGACGCCUGCCUGGAGCGACCCUGGAUCCGGUGGCCUCGAUUCUGGCCGCACACCGACAUGGAAGGGACCUUCAGGCUCCCAGACCUCUUACGGGGGAGGUAGCAUGACUUCGUACGGGGGGGCGGGCAACUACUCCGCCAAUCCAGGUUCACGCACCCCGGCAUGGAGCUCCAAUGCAAAGACUCCCUACGGUGCCGACCAUGGAUUCGGAUCGUCUGGCUCGUCUGGCUCGUCUGGCUUUGACGCCUUUGCAGCCGGCUCACGCACACCAGCUUAUAACUCAGCCUCAUCACGCACUCCAGCUUGGGGCGGCCCCGGCAGUUCCGCAGCGUCUGCUCCAACGCCUGGUGCGCGUCCUUACGACGCGCCGACCCCGGGAAUCUCAGCACCUACGCCGUCCGCAUCUGGGUCUGGCCGCUAUGAGGACGAAGCAUACACCCCGUAUCUCAGCGCGCCGACGCCGGGCGCUUCAGCCGCCGUCCAAGACGCGCCGACUCCGGCACCGCCGAGUUUCGCAAAGAGUGCAAAUCGCGAGCCGUUGAAGAACAAUCGGUUGGCCGUCUUUGACGCUCCCACUCCUGCUGCGAGCGCACCGACGCCGUACGCCAGCGGUGGGUUUGAUGCACCUACCCCAGCAGCCGGGGGUCCGCGAUACGUGGACGACGAGGACGAUGAGGAGUGA